AUGAAUCGCACUUUGGAAGAUAUCGUACCAACCAGAAACGUCCUAAGCAUAUCCUCACAUGUUGUGCAUGGUCACGUGGGGAAUGAUUCUAUUCAAUUCCCCCUAAAUUUAAGAAAUUGGAAUGUUGAUACAAUUAAUACGACAAAUUUGUCAAACCAUGCAGGACAUGGGAAACUAAAAGGAUCAAAAACAGAUUCGAAUACAAUCAGUGAUAUUUUCCAAGGUUUGAAAGAUCAAACUAUGUUAAAGGAUUACGAUGCGUUGAUAGUCGGAUAUGUUGCAAGCGAAUCCAAUUUAGAUGUUUUAUGGAACGAAAUCCUGCCUGCAUUCAAUGGCAAAGAAAUUGUGGUAAUGGAUCCAAUAUUGGGGGACAAUGGAAGGGUAUACGUUGACCCAAAAAUCCCCGCUAGAUACGAGCAUUUUUUAUCAUUAAAUAAGUACAAAAUUGAUGUACUAACGCCCAAUGGGUUUGAAAUGGAACAAUUAACAGGUGUUAAGAUUGCCUCAUGGGAUUCUCUUUCGAAGUCACUUGACAUUUUUUUCAAAAAGUACUCCUCAAUCAGAAAUGUGGUUGUUACUUCUGUAGAUAUCAGUGGUUCAUUAUAUUGUAUUGGCAGUGAUGCCAAGAGCACGUUUUAUUACAAAGUAGAUGAAAUCGAUGCUCUCUUUUCUGGCUCUGGUGAUUUAUUUUUGGGAUUACUGACAGAUGAAUAUUUCAAUACCAGGAAACUUUCAGACGCUUUGGGUAAAACAGUUUCAGUCGUCGAGUCAGUUCUGAAAUUGAGUUAUGCUAUCGUGUCCAAUGAAUCCAAAACUCAGAAACUUGUCAAUGGUAAGCUCUACAUUCCAGAUUUGAAACUAAUAGAAAGCAGAAAGCUUAUUACAUCUAAAGUUGAGGACAUUAGUGUUAACUUUAUAUAA